AAGUUAUCAGAAACCGUAAGAACUCAACAUUUUCGCGCUUUUGUGUAACAGAUAGAGAGAAAUAUGUCAAGUGAUCCGAGAUCGCCCAUGGCUUCCGACGACCACAACGAAAACCCUAAUCCAACAUCAUCGCCACCAGAUUCCCCCACUUCUGCAGGUUUCAACACCGAUCAACUUCCUCCCAACACCAGCCAUACCUCUGAGAACUUCUCCGACUACGAUGACGAAGAGGAAGCUACAGUGGAUCCUGAAAUCAUCAGGGAUGAGCCUGAGAUUGCUGAUGAAGAGGAGGAAGGAGAGGAUCUUUUCAAUGAUAACUACUUGGAUGAUUAUCAGGCAAUGAAUGAGAAUGAUCAAUACGAAUCGGUUGGACUUGACGAUUCUCAUGAGGAUGAAAGAGAUUUGAAUCAGAUUAUGGCUGAUCGAAAUGCUGCUGAAAUGGAACUUGAUGAAAGAGAUGGACAUACCUCACAACGCAAGCUUCCUCAUCUUCUUUACGAUCAAGAUGAUGACGAUGAGAGUCGUCGGCCAUCAAAGAGGUUCAGAGCUAGACCUCCUCCUGCCGAGGACAAUGAUGGCAUGCAAAGUUCGCCAGGUAGAUCUCAACAUGAGUCCUCAAGGGAUGAUUUAAUGACUGAUCAGACUGAUUACGAACCUGAGGAUAAUGACGAAGGUGAGUAUGAGAUGUAUAAUGUACAAGGAACUCUUAGGGAGUGGGUCACUAGGGAGGAAGUGCGUAAUUUUAUGGCUAGGAAAUUCAAGGAAUUUUUCCGGACAUAUAAAAGAGAUCACGAUGAAUCUCUUGUAUACAUGCAGCAGAUCAAUGAGAUGGUUUUAGCUAACAAAUGCAGCUUGGAACUGGAUUACACUCAAUUCAUACAUGUCCAUCCUAAUAUAGCAAUUUGGCUGGCUGAUGCACCCCAGUCUGUGCUUGAGGUCAUGGAGGAAGUUGCAAAAAAACUUGUCUUUGAGUUACAUCCCAAGUACCAGCAAAUCCAUCAGAUGAUUUAUGUCCGAGUUUCUAAUCUACCUGUGCAUGAUCAAAUCCGUAACAUAAGGCAAAUCCAUUUGAACACUAUGAUCCGCAUUGGUGGAGUUGUUACACGUCGAACUGGAGUAUUCCCCCAGUUGCAGCAUGUUAAAUAUGAUUGCAGUAAAUGUGGCAUGAUUCUUGGACCUUUUGUCCAAAACUCGUAUUCAGAGGUUAAGGUUGGGUCUUGCCCAGAGUGCCAGUCAAGAGGGCCAUUUACAUUAAAUGUUGAGCAGACUAUAUACAGGAACUAUCAGAAACUUACCUUGCAAGAGAGUCCAGGUAUCGUUCCAGCUGGUCGACUUCCACGUCACAAGGAAGUGAUUCUUUUGAAUGACCUCAUUGACUGUGCUCGGCCUGGGGAAGAGAUUGAGGUCACUGGAGUCUACACUAACAAUUUUGACUUCUCUUUGAACACAAAAAAUGGAUUUCCUGUCUUUUCCACAUUGGUAGAGGCUAACUAUGUUACCAAAAAGCAAGAUCUGUUUUCAGCUUACAAACUUACGGAAGAGGAUAAGCAAGAAAUUGAGAAGCUGUCUAAAGAUCCCAACAUUGGAGAAAGGAUUGUCAAGUCGAUCGCGCCAUCAAUAUAUGGUCAUGAUGACAUAAAAACUGCAAUAGCUCUUGCAAUGUUUGGAGGUCAAGAGAAAAAUGUUGGAGGGAAACAUCGUUUGAGAGGCGACAUAAAUGUUCUUUUGCUGGGUGAUCCAGGAACGGCAAAAUCACAGUUUCUCAAGUAUGUUGAAAAGACAGGCCAUAGAGCUGUCUACACAACUGGAAAAGGAGCUUCUGCUGUGGGAUUGACAGCAGCUGUACACAAGGACCCAGUCACAAGAGAGUGGACCCUUGAAGGAGGUGCCCUUGUCCUGGCAGACAAAGGAAUCUGCCUUAUUGAUGAAUUUGACAAAAUGAACGAUCAAGACAGGGUGAGUAUACAUGAAGCUAUGGAGCAGCAAAGUAUUAGCAUAUCAAAGGCCGGUAUUGUCACUUCUUUGCAGGCUAGAUGCUCUGUGAUUGCGGCUGCAAAUCCUGUUGGUGGAAGAUACGAUUCUUCAAAGAAUUUUUCACAGAAUGUUGAACUGACAGAUCCUAUCAUUUCUCGUUUUGACAUCAUGUGUGUUGUCAAGGAUGUUGUAGAUCCAAUCAAAGAUGAAAUGCUUGCUAGGUUUGUUGUUGAUAGUCAUUUCAAGUCUCAGGCCAAAGGCGCAAAUUUAGCUGAUGAACCCAUCAGUAAUACUGACGAAGGAACUGAAACUGGUGGUCUGAUGACUGAUCCCGAUAUUCUUUCUCAAGAUUUACUGAAAAAGUACAUCACUUAUGCCAAGUUGAAUGUAUUUCCAAGAUUACACGAUGCUGAUCUAAACAAGUUUUCAACAGUUUAUUCAGAGCUUCGUAGGGAAUCUUCGCAAGGACAGGGAGUUCCAAUAGCAGUGAGGCACAUUGAAUCCAUGAUUAGAAUGUCGGAAGCUCACGCCAGAAUGCAUCUGAGGCAGCAUGUUAAUCAAGUUGACGUGGAUAUGGCGAUCCGGGUCAUGUUGGAUUCUUUCAUUUCAACACAAAAAUUCGGUGUUCAAAAAUCACUUUUCAAGAGCUUUAAGAAGUAUAUGACAUUCAAGAAGGAUUUCAAUGAACUAAUCCUGCAUCUACUAAGAGAUCUCGUGAAGGAUGCUGUGCACUUUCACGAGGUUGUAUCUGGCGGUUCUUCAAAUUUGACUCAUGUCGACGUGAAGGUGGAAGAGCUACAAAGCAAGGCACUGGAUUAUGAAAUCCAUAACUUAAAAGAUUUCUUUUCAAGUGACCUGUUCUCUAAGGCAGGCUUCAAGCUGGAUGAUGAAAGAAAAAUAAUUCGACAUUACCUAUCCAAGUAAUGAAUGUAUGGUUUUGUUAUUUAAGGUUUUAGACAGACAUAGGUCAUAUAUCAACUCUGCUAAUUUGCCCUCCUAUUUAGGGCCCCUUUGUUGUUUUGAGAUAGUCAGUCAGUCAAUUCAUGGUUUGCUCAGUCAAUUCAUGGUUUGCUCAGGCAUAUUUAUUUGGUUUUUGUUUCAAAUUUGAAUGAUUAUUUGUUGGAAUUUAUUAGAAUUUACUUGU